GAGUGACUAAAGACAAAGUCGAAAAGUCAUGUUUUCUUGCAAUAGGUACUAACUGUCGAUUAGUAAGCAUUUGAGACACCAUUGCUGUAGACGUUCAACAUGUUUACAUUAUUUUGGUUAACAUUGCUGUGUAGUGUAUUAGAAAAUGAUGCCGCUAGAAUAUUGGCGGUGUUCCCGACACCGUCGAUAAGCCACCAAGUGACUUUUAGGCCAUUGACUCAAGAACUAGUGAGGAGAGGACAUGAAGUUGUUGUCAUCACCGCAGACCCCGCCUUCCCAAAUGGAAACAGACCCGACAAUUUGACGGAAAUUGAUGUCCAUGACAUAUCAUAUAAACUUUGGAAUGAGAGAUUAACUAACGAAACAGUCCGGUUCGGAAAUAAAGAUGGUUUGAGGAAUCAAUUGGAUAUUAUUUUUGAAGUAAUGAUGAAAGUGUUUGAAGAACAAAUAAAAGUCGAAGCAGUACAAAACAUUAUAAAUAAUAAAACAGGUCCCUUUGAUUUAAUAAUAGUCGAAGCUUUUGUUUUACCAACUUUAGGGUUUUCGCAUGUUUUCAAAGUGCCUCUUAUACAAAUGAGUUCAUUUCUGCCUCUCUACAUCGAUAUGCAAAAUGUUGGCGCACCAAAUCACCCUAUCCUGUACCCAAACUUCGGUAGCCAGAAACUGGAUAAUUUGAGUUUGGGAGAAAGAAUAAAAACUUUGUUAGUAUAUCAUCUUAUAAAUAUGAAGAAGUAUGAAGAUGUUAUAGAUGGAGUCAUUAAAAAAUCAUUCGGGCCGAACACUCCUUCAGUUACAGAACUAUACAAUAAUAUAGACAUGUUAUUCCUGAACACAUUCCCGAUCUGGGACUCCAACCGUCCCGUGCCUCCGAAUGUGCAAUACAUUGGUGGAAUACACAUAAAUACCCCAAAAGAACUAACUCAGGACCUUCAAACCUAUCUGGAUUCUUCCAAAUACGGUGUGAUUUACGUAAGUUUUGGUUCAAAUGUGAGCCCUUCUACGCUAGCCCCGGAAAAAAUACAAAUUUUCCUAAAUGUUUUGUCUCGUUUACCUUACGAUGUCAUUUGGAAAUGGGAUAAGGACGAACUUCCCGGACGCUCGAAGAAUAUUAAAAUAUCAAAAUGGCUGCCGCAAUCAGAUCUUCUGAACCAUCCUAAAAUCAAACUGUUCGUCACCCAAGGCGGGCUCCAGUCCACCGACGAAGCGAUAGCCGCCGGCGUCCCACUGCUGGGCAUACCGCUGCUGGCGGACCAGUGGUACAACGUGGCCAUGUACGUGCGACACAAGAUCGGGAUCCUAGUCAACUUGGAAGACCUCAGUGAAGAAAACUUUGAGGCUGCAAUCGAAGCGCUCGCUACGGAUACUUACAAGCAGAACAUGAUAAAAUUCCGCGCGAUGAUCUACGACCAGCCACAGAAGCCUCUGGAGCGCGCAGUGUGGUGGACAGAACACGUCCUCCGUCAUGGCGGCGGCCGUCAUUUGCGGUCCCCCGCCGCCAACAUGUCCUGGGCUGCCUACUACGAAGCUGAUGUCAUCUUCUAUCUCGUUCUAGCAGCAAUACCCGUAUUAUACUUGCUAACGUCAGCUAUAACGGAGAUUAGCUCGUGUUUUCGCAAGACAAAAAAGGCGCCAAGCGCUUAAAAUUAAAAGUUAAUUAGAAUAAUUUAUGUCAAGUGCAUAUUUUUUUUUUGAUGUCACUAUUUGUCCUUCUACUGACUUUAAUGAUCUAAUUGCUGUCUAACCUACUUUGCAAAAAAAUAACUAAGUAGGUAUAAUGAAUUUACAGUCAAUAAUGUCACAAGAAAAAAAAAAGAAA